UUGGGUCAAAAAUAAUGUUAUUCCGAAAAAGAAAAAGAGCGAGAAACCCCAAUAGUCAAUCAAAAUUGUAUUUGGAUCCUCCGAUCAUUGCAGAGCAAAGAUCAUUCGGUGGAUUUAAAGACGAAGGCGUCUCUUGAGAGUUCGAGAAUCGAAAAUGGAGAUAGGAGAUUUUGCAGCCAUUUUUGGGGAACCCAAGGUGGAGUGGAUAAACAGGGCUUCGCUUACUUCGCACCCAUUUUUGUUCCAUGUUCAUACUCCUAAUCCCUCGCAUCUUAGAUUUUGUGUUACUGAUUUCCAUUCAAACACUUGGGAAUCCACCAAAUCGACUCUCCAGCUUCACGACAUGGUGGGCUUCUUUAAUUCUCUCUAGAGAUGAGAUUGGAAUUGGAGGGGCUAUGUCAGAAUUUGUUGAUUAUAUCAUUACUUCCCUGAAAUUUGGAGAUGUAAGGCUUAGGUUGGAAGAACAAUCGGUGGAUGAUGGUGCAGCUUGUGCCAAAUUAUGUGCUCAGAAAUCUAAAGGAAUGCCUGUUUUUUCCCUUUCUCUCACGAAACUCUUUGAUUGUGCUGCUUCUGAAGCUAUAGCAACUCUGUCCUUGGGGCUCUUCAACUCAUUAAAAGCCAAGGAAUGUUCACUUCUAAAAGAACAAGAGCGCUCCCUUCAGUUGACGACCAUGAUAUCAACCGAAAAGGAAAAGUACGAAAGUAUUCAAAGCCAACUCGGGCAAUAUACAAAGAAACAGAAGUUACAAAAUAUGAACGCCUCAAAUUCUCCAGACAAAUCUAUUGGUCAUCAUUAUAUUGGCUUGACAAAAACCACCAAUCGUGCAGUGCCAGCACAUCGCAGGGCGAAAACAAGAGGUGCCCUUUUGCAAGACUCUGAAGAUGACAAUGAACAAGAGCAUUCCCUUCGAUCGACAUCGGAGGAUAAGGAAAAGGAAAAAGAGUUACAAAAUACAAAUGCCUCAGCCAAUGUAGAUGGGUUUCACAAGUCUCCUGCGGACAAACCUGUUAUUCAUGAUAUCGGCUCGACUAAAGUCACCAAUCGUGUCAUGCCAGCACAUCGCAGGGGACGAACAAGAGGUGCCCUUCUGCAAGAUGAUGAAAAUGACAAUGACAGGUAAAACCCGACAUUUGUGAUGACGAAUAACCAGUUUUCUGCAUAAUUUUAAUCGUAGUUUCAAUACCGAGGAGGCAACGAAGUAAUACCGAUGAGCGAUCGGUUUCAUCUUUCCCAGUAAGGUUUAAUUUUUCUGUCUAUACCUAUGACGAAAGAGCUUGUGCAAUCCAGAUAUUUGGUUCUUGUACAUAUUUAUUUGCAUUCGUACUAAUCAUAACGUGGAAAUAUCUUGAUGCACGUGACAUACAAAAUACAUGAGUUCUCCAUAGCUUUAAAUCAUGACAUUUAUUUAUGG